UGCGCUGUAUAGCUGUAGCACAUCGCAAUGUGUGCACAGAGUGCAGGUUGGUCAUUGGCUGUAUACUCGCUAGGAUCAGCCCUGAGCUCCCACACAAAACUCUGGCCUCACAGUGCCUCACAGCAGUGCUGACUCUGGAGAGCCCAGGAGGAGGAGGCGCAAGGAACACUCCGGGCAUGUGUCCGUAGCCACCGACAUCAUCGCCCCGAUCUGCCCUCUCACGAUCUCUGUGGAUUGUAAUACAAUAAAGUCAUUGGCUGUAUAAUAUAAGCGCCACAUCUGUACUGCUCCCUAAGCACCUGCUGGCUGCAAUGGCCCCGGAGCGUCUUCUCUGGCUCUUGCUGUGGCUGGGCUGUAGCGGCUGCCUGUGUCUGGGACAUCUUGUGGGGGACAUGAAGAGGCAUGAAGAAGCCGUGCUGCCUAUGGGGGACACGGUAUCCGAGCAUAUGCUUAGACUGUAUGAUAGGUACCGAGGUGAUGGAGGAAGGGGCAGAGAUGCUGCCAGACACCAGUUGCCCCUGCACAACGGGAAUACCGUGCGGAGCUUCCGAGCCCUGACCGGGGACGCAGAUGACAUCAGUCACCACAUUUUCAAUUUGACCUCACUCACAUCUUCAGAAAACAUACUGUCAGCGACAUUUCAUUAUUAUCUUGGGGAUAUGCUUAACAGCAGCUCAAGAUGCCCACACUCUCCGUCAUGCCUUCGCAAGGCGCAUCAAAAGCAAGAAAUACCAAUAGGCUUCACAGUGUCUAGUAUCAUAUCACUUGAGAACCAGACAAGAGUGUUGGGCCAAUUUUUUAUAAAUAUUUCAUCAUCCUUCCGUGAUAUUCCUUCUUGGCAAUGGAAGGACAUUACUCAAAUCCUACGUGAUGCCAAGCAGAAUGGAGAGACCGUCAUUGGAAUCAACAUGACCAUUGAUACUUCAACUCAACAUCGGAAGCAUCUGCUGAGGCAUAAGCCUUAUAUCUUAGUAUAUGCUAAUGACUCAGCCAUUUCAGAACCUGAUAGUGUUGUUUCCAAUUUACAUGGACAACACAGUCCUAUCGUUCAUAAACAACACCAUAAAUCAGGACUUUUUGAACACAGGAGUCGACGUUCAACCGAUAUUCUCUUACCACUACAAAACAAUGAGCUACCAGGAGCUGAGUACCAGUAUAAUGAAGAUGAAGAGCGCUGGGAGGAGAAAAAGCCCUACAAAACCCUUCAUGUUAAGUCAGCAGAGAAAGGAAAAGCCAAGAAGAAAUUAAGAAAAAGUGGACGACAAAAAAGCCAAACAUUACAGUUUGAUGAGCAGACCCUGAAAAAAGCAAGAAGAAAGCAAUGGAAUGAACCACGAAAUUGUGCACGCCGUUACCUUAAAGUAGACUUUGCAGACAUCGGUUGGAGUGAAUGGAUUAUUUCCCCUAAAUCCUUUGAUGCUUAUUAUUGCUCAGGUGCAUGCCAGUUCCCGAUGCCAAAGUCUUUAAAGCCCUCAAAUCAUGCCACUAUCCAGAGUAUUGUGCGAGCUGUUGGAGUGGUUCCCGGUAUCCCAGAACCCUGUUGUGUCCCGGAGAAGAUGUCUUCUCUCAGCAUUCUCUUUUUUGAUGAAAACAAAAAUGUUGUCCUCAAAGUAUAUCCCAACAUGACAGUGGAGUCCUGUGCCUGCAGAUAACAUCUCAAACCUUCACGAGCGUCCAAAGCAAUCUUCAUUUUUGCACUUUCAAAAUACCAUUUCCUAAAAUAAUUCAAGUCUACCAGGGACAGCAAUGGAGAACAAUCUAGAUUGUAGAUGCUGGUGAUGGACCUCUUGACCUCUGCUACAUGCAAGUCAUACUGGACAGAUGAAAACCAUAGUAAAAACUGGCAUGUAGAACACAUGAGAUAAGCACCUGUCGAAUAUAAGUUCUGCAAAAAGAAGGAGUCCUUAUGACUUUUCCAAAGACACAUUUAUUUUUUUACCGGGAAAAAAAAACCUCAAAAUAUAUACAGAUGAAGCUUUAAAGUGCCUUCAGACUCUGAACAUUCACUGGGCUAUGAUGUUCUUUUUAUAUAGAAAUAUUAUAUAUAUAGUCGUAGUCCAUACAUUUUGUGUGUCUGUUACACGUAUCUGUUACCAGAACAGGAAGUGAGAGAGUUGCCCCUCGGAAGCUUUGAAGGAGUAUCGCAAGUUCUUCACUGCAUGAUAGCAAGUGUAAAUAAUUUCAGGACAUCCAUUAUUGAAAGGGUUUUUUUGACAAGUUUGUGUAACAUAAUUGGAAACCUUGAUUUUUCUAUUUUUUUUUUUUUUUUUAACCAGCACUUUUUUAAUAGUGUAAACAAUUGGUAUAACGGACAUGAUGAAAACAUUUGUAAAAGAAAUCCAUAUUUAAUUUUGUUAUAUUGUAACACACAAAAUAAAUCCGCCUGCUGCUUCUGUACAAGAAUGCAGAAUUUAUCUACCAUAGAUAUGUUGUUUCCCGUUUCUUGUUAGACCACUAUGUGUCAAGAAUAAGCUAGUUACAUUCCUUUUACUAAAGUGAUACUCUGUAACAUAAAGCACUAUGGAUCUGUAAAGUUCAGAGACAUUGUAGUGCAACUAUUAAAGAGUAUUUCUGGUUAGAUGCUACUCGCCAUAUCUCCAGGCAGAAGUUAUCCAGGAAUCGAAAACAGCUUUUUUUUCUUCCAAAAAUAGCUCCCUUUCUGUCUCCAGGUUGGGUGUGGUAUUACAACUUGGCUCCAUUCACUUCAAUGAAACUGAGCUGCAGAACCACAACCAACCUGGAGACAGAUGGAACAGUUUUUGAAAGAAAAAAGCUCUGUUCUUCGAUUGGAUAACCCCUUUAAAAAGUGAAGACAAAGUAAGGAGACCAGGUGGUCUUGUUGCCUACACAACUGUAUGACCCCAAAGCUCCUUUGCUCCUUUCCCAUGUCUAGUGGUUGUCUCGGCUAUAUAGUCAGCAGCAUACCACGUGAUUCCCUUUAAGUAAAUAAAGCAAGUUUUAUUUGCCUGUAUUGCUGCUUUGUCCGGAGUAUCUCUUUAAUGCUAAAUUCAUGCCACAUUUUUUUUAUAUACUGCAGUUUUGGUAUAAGUCAGUUUAAUGCAUCCAAAACUUACUUUAAGCUUCAAAAAUGUAUUUGUAAAGAAAAGUAUACUUUUUUUUUGUUCACAAAUGUAUCCUGAUGUUUCAAGCAAAUGUGGUGGUGUGAACAUUGUCUAGAAGUUUUAGGGAAAAGACAGUUAUUUUAAUUUGAUUUUUUACAGGGUAACUAUUGAUUACUGUAUGUGCAAUGAUACAGUGUAUUCCAUACUUUCUUUAGUAAAAUCUACUGUAGGCUAAAGGUUACACUGACCGUCUUCAGUCUGCUACUCAUUGUUUAAGCAAAGUUAAAGUGUACCAACACUCUCUUAAGCCAUUCAGUUGUUGCAAAAAGUACUGCCAAAUCAUAUAUAUAUAUAUAUAUAUAUAUAUAUAUAUAUAUAUAUCUAGUAUGAGGUACGGAACACUAAAAUAAUAGCUUAUUUUAUCUAGCUAUGAUACAUUUCACAUAUUCUUCAUCCUAACUUUCAAUACUGAUUUGGCUGUAUUCACAUCUGCAUCAGAAGUUAGGAGCUUCCAUUGCAGAUAGAAUAAUGCAGAAUGCAAUGCUGUUUUGUCCAAUAAAAUUACGGACACCAUAACAGAAACCCGACCAUUGGGCACCAUUGGGUAAGAUUUCUACCUUCACCAUUACUUGUUUAUAUAUGACCUUAUAGUCUUCAAAUCCCAUGCACAAUUGUAAAGACAGCUGAAGAAAAGCUCUUAGGCUCUACGUAUAAAUUUACCUCUAAUGAAAGGCUGCAACGCAUGUCAAUGUAUAGGCAUACAGUGGCUUUCAUUACACAUAGGCUCCCUUGGUAAAUAAAACUUAUACUGCAUGAUAUCCAUCUUUUGGAAGAUGCUUUUUUACACAGUUGAUGUCUAGUGGUCUGGCAGAUGCCAGAAGGACAUAUUUUGGCAUUCACUGUAUGAAUGAGGCCCUGUGGAUCUUGGCGUAUACAUACAGGACUGAGUGUGAAUAUUGUUUUAACUAACCUCUUAUUUUAUGUUCAGCUGCAGUACUUCAUGUGCAGCCAAUACUGCGCACACAAUCAAUAUCUUCAAUCCAAUAGAAUAUAUUUGGGGAAAUGAUUGCAUAUAUCUACAAAUGGAUAGAAAAGGAGGGCAUCCUAAGGAUGAAAAACCCCACUGAAAGUACCAUGUUUUAUUUAAUGCUGCCUGGUGUCCUUUGCUCUCAUUGUACUAGAAGACAUAGGUCAUUUUAUUAAUCAAGUGUUCAAUACCUACAGUCAAGGCUGUAAAUCUUAGCACCCCUGAAAUUUUUCUAGAAAAUGAAGUA